UGGAUUUCUAAUUCUCAUCGGGUACAAACAAAUUUCCAGAGAAACUUCAUUCCACUGAAAAAAAAAAAAAAAAAAAAAAGAAGCAAACUCAACGAACAGAAGAAUUUUUAUCAAUCUAUCGUUAAAACCAGAGACCAAGAAGAAGAAAAUACAAACACAACAGAGAAGAAAAGAGCUAGAGUCUUGGUUGUUGGUGCUUGUCUGCUGAUUAUUCUGAGAGAAAUCGAAAGAUGGCUAUUCUGGAUCAAGGUCCUAAGAUGGCUUCUCUGCCUCUGGAUUAUUCUCGAAAGAGGAAGUCAAGGAGUAGAAGGGACGGAACAAAGAAUGUAGCAGAGACACUAGCUAAAUGGAAGGAGUACAAUCAGAAACUACAUACCGUUGAUGAAGAAGGGAAGCCAGUGCGUAAUGUUCCUGCUAAAGGUUCAAAGAAAGGGUGUAUGAAAGGUAAAGGAGGACCCGAUAAUUCGCGUUGUAAUUACAGAGGUGUUAGGCAGAGGACGUGGGGUAAAUGGGUUGCUGAGAUUAGGGAACCUAACAGAGGCAGUAGGCUUUGGUUAGGUACAUUUGGUACAGCGAUCAAAGCUGCUUUAGCAUAUGAUGAAGCUGCACGAGCUAUGUAUGGUCCUUGCGCGAGGCUAAAUCUUCCAAACUACCCUUCGUCACGGGAGUCUUCUAGGGAUGAUUCUUCGUGGGCAACUACAUCUGCGUCUGAUUCCACUGUUGGUUCAAGUUUCUCCGAGGUUGAUGAAAUGAAAGGUACUGCUCAGACAAAAUGUGAAGACGGAGAUGGUGAAUCGAGGAUUGAGGGUGCAACAACUGCAUUCCAUGAAGCUGGCACACCAUUGAGUUCAGUGAAAGAGGAAGCAAAGGACAUUGUUGAAGCUAAAGAGGAACCGAGAAGUAUUGAUCAAGAUAUGCUCACGUCUGGACGGGAUUAUCUAGACAACUUAAAUUGGGAUGAGAUGUUUGAUGUAGACGAGCUACUGGGCAUGUUAGAUUCUUAUCCGGUCAAUGCUCCAGUACCAGCUCCAGCUCCAGUUUCUACUGAAGACUUCGGUUCAGUUGGAAAGCAAUAUGCCUAUAACAACAACCUGGUGUCGAAUUCGCCAUUUCAGCUGCAGAAUGCGGAGUGUCAGCCACUGGGAAAUACACAGCAAAUCGAGCAGGAGGCGCCUAUGGCAGUUGAUUAUGGCUUUGAUUUUCUGAAACCAGGCCGGCAGGAAGAUCUCAAUUUCAGUUUGGAUGACCUUGCACUGAUAUCUGAGUUUGGAGUUUGAAAAGUUACGCAGUUGAACGAUGCUUCUGAUGCUCCCAGAAGCAAUGCAAGAAAUAGGGCACCGUCAUUCAUUGCUGUUAGACAACGCAAAUUGUGUUUCAGAAACUUUCUUAUUUUGAUGUUAUAUUUUUUUUUCUUCAUGUUGUUGGGGUGUAAGUAGUUGCCCUUUCCCAGCCAGUUGAUUCUCUAUAAGUUUUAUAUUUUUUUUUCUUCAUGUUGUUGGGGUGUAAGUAGUUGCCCUUUCCCAGCCAGUUGAUUCUCUAUAAGUUUUUGCAUUAGAGAAUUUGCGUUAGGUGUUCUGAAGGACUAAUCUUGUACAGAUCUAACAUGGUUGGUUAGCAUCAACAAUUAGUUCGUUUUGGUGCUGUGAUACCACAAAUAAAGAUGUUUCUGGUAUCAGUGUCUGUUACUAGUUAGCUGUAAAGUUUGCUCGGUAAUGUAUCAUUGUGGCAAAUUGUGCCUACAGUCAUGGUUUUGUGAUUGAGUUGAAAAAAUGUAGAAUGUGUUGCUGCCAUUUGCACUUGCAUAACGUGAUUGAAAGCUUUUACGGUGUUGGUUUGCA